GGGCCUCAGGGCGCCGGAGCGCGUCCCCGCGGCGCGUGCGCAGUGCGCGUCGUGGCGGUGCGGCGGGCGGCCAUGUCGGAGCGCGUGCUGUUCCGGCGCGGCGCCGGGCAGAGCGACGACUCGGACGUGUGGGACGACACGGCCCUCAUCAAGGCGUACGACAAGGCGGUGGCCUCCUUCAAGAACGCCCUGAAGAAUGGGGAGUGCUCCGAGCCCUCGGACAAGCAGGAGCAGCGCCUGGGGAUGAAGAGGAAGAACAACAAGAAGAACAGAAACAGAAAAAAGAGCAACGCGGCGCCGCUGAAACAGUGGAAAGUUGGUGACAGCUGUAACGCUGUUUGGUCUGAGGACGGUAACGUGUACCUAGCAACUAUUGUCUCCAUAAAUCAGAAGAGGGGCACAUGUGUUGUUACUUACGAUGGAUAUGGAAAUAAGGAGGAGCAGAACCUGUCCGAUCUACUUCCUCCAGCUAACUAUGAAACAAAUGAAAACGAGACUCCAUAUUCAACAGAUGAAAGUGAAAAAUCUUUCCAGUCACCUCAAAACAAAAACAACUGCACAAAGGCAAGAUUCUCUCCCCAGAACUUCCGUUUUCCCAUACCACCAGCAGCCCCAGGCCUGGGAAGGUCUGGAUCAAAAUUCAGAACACCUCCACCAUUCUUAUCUUGCUGGCCUCCACCCUUUCCAGCAGGACCACCGCUGAUUCCUCCUCCACCACCUAUGGGGCCAGAUUCUCCUGAGGAUGAUGAAGCAUUGGGAAGCAUGUUGAUAGCUUGGUACAUGAGUGGUUAUCACACUGGCUAUUACCUGGGUUUAAAACAGAGUCGAAUGGAAGCGGCCCUGGAGAGAGAAUCCUAUCAAAAAUAACUAAAUAUCCAUCACUGAUUUGAAUGAUUGUGUCAUGAUCCAAAUACAGAAUUAAUGAGAAGCAUCUGAGAUACUGCAGGUGUACCCACUGCUGAACAAUCAGUUUGGCAGCAGACUUCACCCCUUUCCCUUCAGGAAACUACAAAGUUGUUGCAACACUAAAGUUUCAUUGUAUAGUGAGUGAGGGUCAAUAAAGGUUCUCGUAGCUA